UGUAACGCAGCCUUCGUCACUGGGUGAAGCAGCAGCCGCCAUUUCAUCCUGCGAGGGUCCAAACACAGUGCAGCAGCUGAAGGGACCUGGCAGCUCCAAAAUGGUUAAAAUAUUCAUUGGGAACUUGUCCGCUGACACUACAUCAGAUGAGCUACGUUCUCUCUUCUCCCAGUACGGCAAGAUUUCGGAAUGUACCAUCGUCAAGAACUUUGGCUUCGUGCACAUGGAUAACAAAUCGGAGGCAGAAGAGGCCAUCCGCAACCUCCACCAUUAUGAGCUAAAUGGCCAGCCCAUGAAUGUAGAGUUGAGCCGUGGCAAUAUAAAAGGAUCCACCAAGCUACAUGUUGGCAACAUCGGUUGCACCAACCAGGAGCUGAGGGCUAAGUUUGAAGAGUUUGGUUCCGUGGUGGAGUGUGACAUAGUAAAAAACUAUGCCUUUGUUCACAUGGAGCAAAUGGAGGAUGCCAUGGAGGCCAUUAAUCAUUUAGACAACACGGCUUUUAAAGGCAAACUGAUGAGCGUGAAGCUUUCGACUAGCCGCCUGCGUACUGCGCCGGGAAUGGGAGACAGAUCGGGUUGUUAUCGUUGCGGGCAGGAAGGCCACUGGUCCAAAGAGUGCCCUCUAGACCAAAAUGGCCUCCUCAAAAACGGUUCAGAGCCAGAGUCUGAUGGAUACGAUGCCUCGAGAUUUGGCGGGCGUGGUCACGACAGUGGUUAUCAUCCAGACUUCACUGGUGAUCCCGAUUAUGGUGCCGGCUAUGCUCCUGUACAUGUGUUUUCACGGGGUUCUGGUCACAGCAGCAUGGCGGGGUACAGAAGGGGUGCAGGCUACGAGAGUGCAAUGAGAUACGGGCCGCACCCAGGUUAUGGCAUAAGCGCUGGUGCUGAUCAUAGCAUGGCCCGGAUGUAUGACAGCGAGGCGGCAUACAGGGGCAACGGCUCACUCUACGGCGCGGUACCAGCCUACCCGAUGCGACGGUCGCCUUACGAGGAAAGGGAUCCGUACGGUCUUGUGGACUACUAUGAAAAGUACAGGGCCAAUUCUUACGGAGGCAGUUAUUUCGAGGAACGCGGCGCCGUCCCCUUGCCUGCUCCAUCAACCGCCUCCAUAGCUAUUAUUCGGGAACGUCUGCCCCCCUCUAGCCUUGACCCAUACGAGUGCCCUCCCCUCCCUCCUCCACCAGCCCCAGUCUCCUCAUACUAUGCACGUGACCGGAGUCCGAUACGGAGAGUCCCUGCUGAGGCAGAUGGAUACGCAUUUGAUCGUUCGCGCCUUUCCCCGGUGCUGACCCUCCCAAGAAGCACUGCCUAUGAACAUCCUCGGGAUCCCGGUGCUGAGCGGACAAGAUAUGCAUACUAAUCGUGUCCCAUACAGCAAGAUAGGAUAGCCCAAGUGCAAUUGGAAUUACUAAAAAUUAAAUGUGACACUGUGUCUCAUUGGUAAUAUCGGGGUGAAAGUCAGCCCUGCAUAUUUGACACGUGUUGGUAGUGUGGACAAGGUGACAAUAAAGCUUUCCAAUUUUCCAACAGCUAGAAUUCAGUGGAUAUGGUUGAAUGCUCUCACAUUAUGCUGUGAUCUCAUUCCAGCUUAUACUACAAAAUGCUCAGCAGCUAAUGCUCAGUUGACGUCCGUUGAUCUUCCUAUUUACAUGUUGUGAUAUUGGUGCAGUUCUGAAAUGGCGUAGUUUAAUGUGAAGGUGCAGAGACUGAGUUUUUCUACAACCUGGUUGAUCCAUCCAUUUGUAUUACUGUAAGA